GGCAGCUCAACAUGGAAGACUGUUUGCACACCUCCUCCGACAACCUGGCCAAGUUGGUCAAGUGGGCGCACAGCCACGGAACCAUCUGCACCCUCAUCCCCAGCCUCAAGCACCUGCUUACCGAGGGUGCCCAUGGCAACCUCACUGCGCUCUGGGGUUGCAGUGCGGGCCACGCCUACCACUGGCCCCUGACAGCCACCUGUAAGACAAGCCAGAAGGAGCGCGUUUGUUACCCAGACAGCCGGAGCAUCAACGCGGAGAGUCUGAUGCAAGGAACCACGGGUGGCUCGGGCAGCCAGAGGGAGCGCUUCAUGGACCGCAGCGGUGGCAAGGGCAAGAGCAACUGCGUGCAAGUGGGCGACUCGUGCGACUUUUCCAACUGCAGCGAGCCAUCUGAAGCGGACGACAACACGGAGGAGUACAACAGCAACCUGUUCGAUAUCGUCUGUGAGUCGUCCGCCACGGAUGAGGACGGCGACUCUGAGCCUCACCAGCAACAGCACGCGGCGCUCCGCAAGAGGACUGCCCCUGGUGGCGGAGGAGGAGGAGGAGGAGGUGGAGGGGAGCAUGAGGCAGAGGAGCGCUCGGGGGAUCCCGUCCUGAAGAAGAUCAAGCAGGAGACGGCGGAAGACUACUACACCGUGGCAAAUGCCCAGCUGGCUGCCGGUAUGCUCUCAGAGGGAGGCCCCUCGUCCACGGUCGUCUCCCAGUCGCCGCGGCCGAGCUCCCUGACCCGCCCCUCGUCCCACUCCUCUCUCUCCCACAAACUGUCGUCGGUGGACGGGGACUCCCUGGGCGUCUCUCCCUUGCCCAUGGGCAGCAGCUCCUCCCCGCACCCCCAGACAAUGCUCCGGCCCAUGCGUGCCCCCACCCACACUGCCCAGAGCAAAGCUCCCGGUCAGAGCUCGGGUGCCCCAGCAGGAGCCUUAUCCCUGCCCAGCAAGAGCGAACUGCUAGACAGGAUGCCAGGGGACGAGCUGGCCAAGUCGGCAGUAUCGUACGGAGACCUGGGCGGAGGGCUGAACCCAGAGCUGGACCUGAUGACGGGGCAAGCCUUAAACGCUGACUCCAGAGCGGAAGCCUCGGUGUCUCCGGCGAUGUUUGAGAUUGAGCGUCUGAAGGCCCUCCUGCAGGCGGAGAAGAGCAAGAGUGAGAUGAUGGGUGAGACCAUCAGCAGCCUGAAGCAGGACAAGGAGCUGCUGCAGCAGGAGCUCACCAAGAAGGCCGAGCUCAUCUGCGACUUCCUGCAGGACCAGCUGAGGCCAGAAAAAAGGAGGCCCCAUUCAUCCAAUCAGAUGGAACCAGGAAGCUCUCAUCAGCUAAUCAACAACUAUCCUGAGGAGGGGGGCGGGCAGUUUGAGUCUGCUCCCCUGUUCGACUCCUUCGAGGAGGUGGAGCUGCAUCCCCUGGACAGACAGAGGAUCAAGAUCUCCAAGAGAUGUCGAGAGGGGGAGAACACUCGAGUGCGCAUGAAAAACGUGGUGGGAGUGAUUGCGCGGUACAUGGCCGCACUGCAGGAGUUCCGCCGUAGCGUCUCCAUGAAAGUGGCCUUCGACCGCAUCGGCGUUGACCGCAACACCAUUUCACGCACGGCGGCCAUCGCCGAGCUCAGCCUGGCCGCACCCGAAGUCUUCCACGCGUUGCCCCCGUGGGACGAGAAGGAGGAGACGCUCGCCCACUACGCCGUCCGCUGCCGACAGGCCAUGGACGAUGGCAUCAAAGCCAAGAUCAAAACCAUGAAAGCCAAGGGGGAGCUCCUGCCAAUCGUCAGCAGAUGAGAGGCCUGUACAGUUUACACAGAGAUGUUCUAAAUGACCUUUUUGACACGGCAGCCAUUUUGGACGUGACAUAUCUGGCAGGUCCAGGUGUUACUAAUAACAAUAAUCAAGGUUCUGAUUCUACUACGCUUAAAUUGACUACAUGGACGUAUUUAGUAACACCUGAGGUCCGCUCAAAUUCGCGAACGUUGGCGAAUUAUCACAAACAGUGUGCGGAGGUAGUUCUCCGCAAACAUAAAGUGGAACUGGACGUGAGCUUGAUGGGAAGGGGAUAAUGCAAUUACCGUUACAAUGGAAUGUUAACACCAAAUCGUUCAAAGAAAACAUGUUCACCACAAACGUUCGCCACUGUUUGCCAAAUUUGAACACACCUCUGCUUGCCCUACUAUUUCGGCUCCCGCACACAGUUGCGUGCGUUGCAGUGCUGGAGUCACAUCCCGUUCACUUUACAUGGGCUUACGUCAUCCGUAGCCGAACUGUCCCGUCGCUCACGUUGAAAAGUUCAGCUGUUGCUGCACCGACGGACGGCACCAGCCAAUCAAAUGACGAAUAAGCAAACAACAGACGGCACCAGCCAAUCAAAUUACGGUUAUACCUUAAGUCAUUUGCAUAGCUACUGUCGGGAACACCCACUGGCAUGCGGUGACGGAACGCAACUGUGUACGGGAUCCGUUUCAUGUCAAAAUGGCUGCCGUGAAAAAGGUCUAUUGGGAGUGGGGCUUGGACCCCACUGGGAGAUUGGAAUCUGUUUUGUUUAAAUGAACAUGUUCCCCAAGCUUAAGCUAGUUACCUGUUAUGCUUUUACAACCGAAGAUUGGAAUCUCCCUCUGUAGAACAUCUCUGCUUUAGUUCAAUCCAACCCCACUGCCCAAAUUCACAGGCAGUUCACUCCCAAUGAUGGCUGUGACUGUGGGGGUGUUUAUCUGAUUUUUUUCUCUCUUUUGGCCUUAUGUUCUAAUCACCUCGUUCCCAGAUGUGUUUGCCAACUUUUUUCCCCAGUCCUUGUCCAUCACUGAUAAGCUAGAACAUUCGUAGAACAUAGGCAGAACAUUCAUGUGUCAGAACACUCAUGUCAUUUGAAUGAUAGUUGUGAUCACUAAUGGUUGAUUUGGAUAUUAGUUGUGCUGGAUUGCAGUUUCCCUUUCCACUCAGGUGUCAGUAGUCCCCCCCCCGGUUUUCAGUUGAUAAGAAAAUAACAACAAAAAAAAAGUUUUGCUUCAUUUUUUCGAAGAAAAUGGCAUGCUCACUUUCAUGCGGAUGAUACUGUAAGGUGUCUUUCGUCUGUUAACCCCUGUUCCCUGUCAAUUCAUAUCUUAAAUUGUGUAAUUUUAGUAUGUUUGUGAAGGCACCAUGUAAGCUAAAUUGUUUCUGAUCAAGGAACUACUACUCUGUACCCGCUUAUAAUGAUGUCAAUUAAAAAAAUCCAUAAUAUGCUGAAACAUUUGUGUUGAUUUCUGUGGAAUAAUAUAGCACUUGAAAGUUCUCUUCUCUCUCGGAGGUCUCUACGAUGAUAUUUCUGUGACUUGAUUUGCGUGUGGUGAUUUGCAUCAGUAAAUCUCAGAAUCAAUUCAAUUACAAAAAAACCACCAAAAGAUCACUAAUAAAACAUUUAUUUCAAAA